UGCUUAGCAACUAGCCGGGAGACGUGUUGUCAAACAAAUCACACUGACCCAAGGAUUUUCUAGCUAAAGUUAAUGUUAGCUCGGUCAAGUUAACUAGCUAGCUAGUUAGGUGAACUUAAUUACCGUGUCUUUUUAAUCCUUUGCCUGUUUGAAAAAUGUUUGAAAUUGUGCAUCCACCAGAAAGCGUCUACAAUCUUAUACGAAAGGAAGAGGUUCAUACUCAAAAACCACCAAGGUAUAUAUCCAAGUAUAGGCCAACAGUUGUUCUUGAGAAAAAGUCAACCAAGGCCGCAAUGAGGACGAUGGGACCAGCAAAAGUCGAGGUGCCAUCCCCAGACAAAUACCUCAAGAAGCAUUCAAAAGAGCCCAUAUUAACCGAAAAGACACAGUGUUCGAAAGAGUCUCGUCACACCUGCACUGUGAGGAAACCAGCCGUUCCUGCGAGGACAGACAACCCACCUAUGGGCAUUCACACCAAGAGAGACUUUAUAAAGACAGCUACAGCAGUGCCAAUGAAGCCCCAGCCUACCUGUGUUGACACCAGCAAGGGACACAAACAGCUCCUUGAGAAAUCAGGACUUCUCCCGAAGUACAUCAAGAAACAGCAUUAUGGAGAAGUACCUGAGUACCUGCAGCAGCGCAACGAAGAAGAGCGGAGAGCUCAGGAGGAGUAUGACAACUUUGUGAAAGAACAGAGGGAGCAGGGAGCCAUGAAACACCUGUCUGACGAGGAGCGUCAAGCCGUCCUGGAGGGCCUGAAGAAGAAUUGGGAUAAGCUGCACCAUGAGUACCAGGGCCUCUCACUCGUCACAGACACCAUGUCGAAGAAGUUCCACAAGGAGCGUCUCGAAGUGGCGAUGAAGCAGUUGGAGAAUGACAUCACCCUCUUUGAGAGGUUCAAGACCGUCUACAUACCCAAUAAUUAGGACAUAAAAAACUCUUUACUUAAUCAUAUGCACUGUACUGUGUGUCUUGAGACCCCCACCCUUACUUCAAAUAUCACAUAGCCUUGAGUAAAAUAAAAUUGUGUGUUUGUAUAUUCUCAUGAUCUGUCAUAUGAGCAAUGAAGCAAAACUAAAAUCUAAAGCCCACCUAACUGCAAAUUAAAAAAUGUUCAAAUUAGAAGCAUUGACCCGAAUGGUAUUAAAUGAAAGAUCACAUGGUUACCAAAAUCAUUCAGAAUGACCAUCUGCGAACCAUGUAAAUUCAUACCAAAUUUAAUGGCAGUCUGGCCUGUAGUUGAGAUAUUUUACUGUGGACUAUUGCCAUUCUAGGUCUACCACUAGUAGGGCAAAAUAGGUUUUGGAGGUGAUGUACUCUCUAAAAUAUUACGUAAUUUUAAAGGAAAAUUUGAGCUAUUAAGAUUUUUUGAGCACCAGAUAAUGACAAACAAUUAUUCCUUUAUUCCUUCCCUUUUUUUCUUUUCACCUUCCUGUCUUAUAAAUGGAAUUUCUUUGAGAACUCCUUUGCAAAUAGUUGGCUGUGUGUAGGCUCUAAGAGUAUCCUUUAAAAUCAAUUUCAUUCUGACUGAAUAAAAUGUACUGUAUAGAAGCUGAA